AAUGGUAAUCAAGGAAUUACAACAGAAAGAUCAUACAUAGUCUAAUAAUCACUAGUGAUAAUGUAUGCAGCAAGACUUCUUUCCAUGUAUAAAAGGAACCCUAGUGCUCUUUCAGAUCAACCACCAUCAGGUCCAAAUUCCGGUUAUCUUGUAAUAUUGGAUGAAGAAGCUCAAACUUACUCUUUCUUUGGAUUGUGGAAGGAUAUUGGUAUAGGAAAUCUUCCUUUCCCUCAGAACAAACAUUUAACCAUCAGUGAUUUUGAAGGUAGAUAUACAAGAGAAAAUGUCAUGUUUCUUCCGGUAUUGAAUCAACCAUUGUCUUCGAACCGUUAUUAUGUCAUACGAAGGAAGGGGAAGAAUCAAGGCCAAGCAAACUUGAAUUCAAAGGAAGAGGACAUUAGCACUGAUGUGUGCUGCUAUUUUAGCCAUGAUAUUAAAACAUGUCCCUUGGAGCCCUUCAAUCAUUAUCAACAAAUUGAAAUAAACAAGAAACGUUUUGGUUUUCAUGCCGUGUCGGUUGCCUCGGAUGGAAUUCCUUGUGGUUUAUUAAGGGAAAAAGUGUGGACAAUUUUCGGUACCACUCCUACAAAUUACCAUUUGAGUGAAGCCUUGGCUUCAAAUGAUUCCUUGCGUUCUAAGCUACCGGAUUUCAACUUUCCAUUGUCCAAUGAUCGUUCUGAAUCAGUGGUUGUUGGAAAAUGGUAUUGUCCUUUUAUGUUUGUAAAGGAAGGAAUGACAUUAAAGGAACAAAUGGAAAUAUCAUUGUUCUAUGAGUUGACGCUCGAGCAAAGAUGGGAGAAGAUAGUUUCAAAAGAAAAUGAAAACGGUGAAAAGAAUGAUGUGUUAGUAGAUGUUGCUAUUCAAACAGAAGUUGCUAAGGUUGAAAGAAAGGAUGCUAUUUGGGAUGAAAAUAGAUUGGUUGAUGGAGUGUUAUGGUUUAAGAGUGUUGAAGAGAAAAGUGUUGGAUUGAGUUUGGAAGUUGUUGAAGGAAUGAAAUGGGAACAAGAAAGGUUUGGAUGGAAUGCUGGGAAUGGAAGACAAGUGAGAGUAACAAAAGUUGAAGAGUUUGAUGGAACAAACAAAUGGAAGAAAUUUAGUUGUUAUGUGUUGGUUGAAAGUUUUGUAUUAAAGAGAAUGGAUAGAAGAUUGGUGUUAACUUAUGAUUUUAGACACUCACAUCAAAUUAAGAGUAAAUGGGAUUGAUUAUUUUCUCAAGAAUUUUACUUCAUUAUUAGGUUUUCUUCUGUAUUGGUGGACUUUUAACAGUAUAUUUGGGUUUUUUUUACAGUGUAUUUAGUUCUUGUUAUUCCAUGUGUUGUAGU